UCGAAGUUUGUAUCAGGAGAUUGACAUUUGGCAACACUGUUAACAGGUGUUUCUGACAUUACGAAUGUAAACAAAACAUUUUGUUUUCCUCGUUGAGCAACGCAUGAUACGAAAAAGAACAACGUUUUCAAUUGGGAAAUUUUUUAAGUACACCGAAGCUCAGAUACAAAUGCAAUCUAAUACCAGCCUCAAUUUAUGCACGCUACCGCUAGAGUUAAUAGAGAACAAUGUUUAUCAAAAGUGUUUACUUCCCAAAGAAAUAUUUAAAGCAAGCGGUUUCCAUCCAGGGGAUUGGGUGAAAUGCACAGUGGCAAAAAGGAGUACCCACGGGUUUUCAAUAUGUCAGGUUUACCCGCGUGAUAUCGAAGCGAAAUGUUGUUACAUGGACAAUAUUGUAGGCACGUUUGUCAGUGUAGAAAUCGAGGACAGAUUAAUAAACAUAAUAUCAAUUAAAACGUAUUGUAUAGAACACGUUGAGAUCUCGCUGGAACUAACGGCGAACUUUUUCAACAGCCGUCUUCGUAAAUCGCUUCCAAAUAUAUUAUCCAUAACCGCAAAGCAGAUCUUAGCUUCGCUAUACUUGUCGGUGGGAUGUGCUGUUCGCACUGCAGACGCUGCACGAUUGGGUAUAUCUGCCAUCUACAUUGAUUCUUGUUCUAAUGCAGAUGAAAAUGCAAUUUUCCAGUUGGAUAGUAACACUAAAGUUCAUAUUAGAGAUUUUCAUAUUGGCACAAAACCGAAUGUAUAUGGCCCACCACCAUUUUUCAAACAUGGUUAUGAGUUAGCCUGGAAUGAACUGGAGGAUUUAGUUGCUGCUUCGAAGCUAGGAAAUAAUCAAAAAAAUACGAAUGGUAUUAAGCCUCAAUUAAACGUACUACUCUGCGGACCGCCUGGUUGUGGGAAAACAUCGCUGGUAAAUGCAUUUUUGGUCAAGUACAAUUUUAAUUGCUUUCAUAUUGGCACAGAUUUACAACAAUAUGCUGGUGAGACCGAAGCAUCAUUACGUAAAAUGUUCGAUAAUGCAUUACACUUACAAAGCAAUCUAAAGCCUAAGGAUCCUACGGUUAUCAUCAUAGAAAAUCUUGAACUUCUGUGUCCUGCGCCAAACAAUCGUACGACCACCGCAGAUGCUGCAAAUUCAAACAGAAUCUGCGCGCAAUUGCUUAAAUUACUAGAUGACCUCCAUAAUACUCGUGCUGGCAUUUUUUGUAUUGCUACCACAUCUGACCCAUGCGCUAUAAAUGGUAGCGCACGUCGUCCAGGACGUUUUCAACAUGAAAUCACUAUUGAUUGGCCGAACGAACAAGCGCGUAGAAGGUUGUUCGAAGCAAUGUUUGAAAACAGUCAGAAAAUAAUGUUUUUUAAUCAUGCGAAAAUCGAUGCAGAACUUUUGGAUUUGGUUGCAAAACGCACACAAGGCUUUGUGUCGGGAGAUUUGGCUUUACUUGUACGAAAUAUUGAACAAAAACAACUGAGGAAAAAUAAUUGCCAACAAUUAGGGAAAGCACGGUUGUGA